AUGUUGNAUGAUGAUGCAGACGAUGAAGAGGGUGAUGAUGCAGACGAUGAAGAGGAUGAUGAUGCAGACGAUGAAGAGGAUGAUGAUGCAGACGAUGAAGAGGGUGAUGAUGCAGACGAUGAAGAGGAUGAUGAUGCAGACGAUGAAGAGGAUGAUGAUGCAGACGAUGAAGAGGGUGAUGAUGCAGACGAUGAAGAGGAUGAUGAUGCAGACGAUGAAGAGGAUGAUGAUGCAGACGAUGAAGAGGGUGAUGAUGCAGACGAUGAAGAGGAUGAUGAUGCAGACGAUGAAGAGGAUGAUGAUGCAGACGAUGAAGAGGGUGAUGAUGCAGACGAUGAAGAGGACGAACACGAGGAUGAUGAUGAUGAUGAUGCCUCAUCAACCAUAACGAAAUCGCUUGAGUCCAUUUUAAAAUAUUUCACUUUAUUAUCUAUAAAUUAUGUCUCGGUUCAACUAAUAAGAGUAUAA